UUGUCCAAUCAGAGCGAAGUGGAAGUGUCGGGGGGUUGUGUGACCCUGUGUGUCCAUGUGAGAUGGAUCUUGAAUCUACAACUACAUAGAGAAGGGCACAUUAAUUGAAAAAAAUUCUAUUUUUCUGUCGGGAAAUAAUGAAGAGAAAGACAAAUGAAAUGACGGUGGAAUCAGAGAGAGGGAUGGAUGAAGAGGAGUCCUCUCAUGGUGAGGAGGAGGAGGAGGAGGAGGAGGAGGAGGAAGGACGCAAGGGGACGAAGAGGAGCAUGAAGCAGGGUGUUUCUGAGGACGGGGUCUUGCGCCCCGUCAAGAUGACCCGAGGCGAACUUUACAAACCGCCGACUGCAGAGGAGCUGAACCAGCUGAAAGAGGCGGAGAACUUGUUCCACUGCAGCUUGCUGAAGAUGCAGAUGGAGGAGCUGCUGAAGGAAGUGGCCCUGAGCGAGCGCAGGAAGCGGCUGGUGGACUCCUUCGUGCUGAAGGUCACCGAGCUGCUCCACGGCGUGCCGGAGACGGACGAGGUCGAGCUGAGCGACCAGUCGUGGCUCUCCGAGGACGUGAAGGUGCCCUUCCUCCUGGUGCCCAAGGCUACGAAGGGCAAGUUCCACAUGGCGCCCCCUGCCUCCGUCUCCCUGAUUGGCAGCUACCCACUGGGCACCUGCACUAAGCCCCGGGUCUCUGUGGACCUGGCCGUCACCAUCCCUGCCGGCGUCCUGCACCCGAAGGAUGCCCUUAACCAGAGGUACCCGCGCAAAAGAGCCCUCUACCUGGCCGGCCUGGCACAGCACCUCUCCUCUUCCCCCGACGUCGGGACCAUGCGCUACUCCUGUCUCCACGGCAACCGCCUCCGCCCGCUGCUGCUGCUCACACCCCCCGGCAAAGACUCGGGCAGCCUGACUCUCAGAGUUCACGCCUGCCCCCCGCCGGGCUUCUUCAAGGCCAGCCGCUUCCACCCGCAGAGGAACAACGUCCGCGCCGACUGGUACACGGGCGUCGCCGCCCCGGAGACGGAUCUCAGUGACCCGCCCACACCCCAUUACAACAGCGCGCUGCUCGGAGACCUUCUACCCAGGGUGCACUUGCAGUUCCUGUCCGCUGUUAGCGGUCAGUGCGCUGCCUUCGCUGACGGUGUGGCCCUGCUCAAAGUGUGGCUGAGGCAGAGAGAGCUGGACCAGGGCGCCGGGUCCUUCAGUGGGUUUGUGGGCUCCAUGCUGGUGGCCUACCUUCUCACCACUCACAGAGUGAGCAACACCAUGACGGCCUAUCAGCUGCUCAGGAACUGCCUGCACUUCCUGGCCUCAACGGACCUGACUGAGAAUGGCAUCACCCUGGCGAAGAACCCCGACUCUACCGCGCCCUCCCUCUCUGAGUUCCACAGCGCCUUCCCGGUGGUCUUUGUGGACCCCUCUGGCCACCUGAACCUGUGUGCGGACGUGACGGCCAACACCUACAAACAGGUUCAGCACGAGGCCACGCUCUCCCUGCAGUUCUGGGACGACCCCACGCUGGACGGCUUCCAGGCCCUGCUGAUGACCCCCAAACCCCUGAUUCGGACCUACGACCACCUGUUCCAGCUGUGUGGCCUGGUGAAGCUCCAGGCCUCCUGCAAGAAGCUCAACCUUCUCAAUGAACUCAUGGACCACAGCGGGAACUACGUUCUCACUGCGCUCCCUUUUAUUCUGUCCCUCCUGCAACGAGGACUUGGAGAAAGGGUCUUCCUUUUGACACACUCCCUGUCCCCUGAUCCUGAGUGGCCAGUGGACAGUGAACCCCCAAAACACAAGGACCAGCCUCCCCUGUCCUUCGGCCUCCUGCUGAACCCCGAGUUUGCUGCCUCAGUGCUAGAGAAGGGUCCCCCGGCGGACAGCCCGAAGGCUGUGGAGUUCCGGCAGCUGUGGGGUUCUCGUUCCGAGCUGCGGCGCUUCCAGGACGGGUCCAUCACCGAGGCGGUGCUGUGGGCCGGAACCUCCGCCUAUCAGAAGAGACUGGUCCCCCGUGACAUCAUCACCCACCUGCUGCAGCUUCAUGCCGAUAUCCCAGAGUCCAGCGUGCGUUACACGGGAGGCCUGCUCGAUGAUGUCAUCAUAAGGGGACGGGAGGCCUGCAGCACGGGCGAGGAGGCCAGCCUCAGAGUGGUGCAGUCCUACGACGACCUGAGCCGCAAGCUGUGGCAGCUGGAGGGCCUGCCCCUGUCGAUCACCGCCGUGCAGGGCGCCCACCCCGCCCUCCGGUACACCCAGGUGUUCCCCCCGGAGCCGGUGAAGCUGGACUACUCCUUCUUCGGGCGGGAGAAGGUGUCGCGUGCGCUGGUCCCGUCCGAGGACAAGCCCUGUCCCGUGUACAUCACCCCCGUCAAAGUGAUCUGUCACAUGGAGGGCAGCGGGAAGUGGCCUCACGAGCGACUGGCCGUCCGCCACAUCAGAGCCGCUUUCCACGUGCGCCUGGGGGAGCUGCUGAGCCGACAGCACCGCUACACCUGCCACGCCCGCCCCGCGCACCUGGACGUGUGCAAGGAUGGGCUGGUGUUCCGUAUCCAGGUGGCCUAUCACCGCGAGCCCCAGGUCCUGAGGGAGACCAUCACCCCGGAGGGGAUGCUGUGUUACCGCGACAACCCGGAGGCCCAGGCGCUGGAGCUGGAGACGGUGCAUAGGCCGUACCUCACCAGCACGCUGCACGGGCUCCAGCAGCAGCACCCCUCGUUCGGCGGCGCGUGCCGGCUGGCCAAGCGCUGGCUGGGCUCCCAGCUGCUCAGCGGGGACGUGAGCGACGACGUGGCCGACCUCCUGGUGGCCUCGCUGUUCCUGCAGGCCGCUCCCUUCACCCCUCCCGGCUCCCCUCAGGUGGGCCUCCUGCGAUUCCUCCACCUGCUCUCCACCUUCGACUGGAAGAACAGCCCCCUGGUGGUCAACCUGAACGGCCAGCUCACAGCCCCUGACUACGUCGAGAUUAAAAACGAUUUCAUCGCUUCAAGGGAAACCCUGCCGGUCAUGUUCAUCGCCACUCCCAAAGACAAGAAGCUCUCCGUCUGGACCAAGGACGGUCCGUCCGUACAGAUGCUGCAGCGCCUCACUGUGGUGGCCGCUGAGAGCCUGCGGGUCCUGGAGGCACAGCUGGUGGACCCCAGCCAGCCGCAGGACGUCCGGGUCGCUCUGCGGCCCCCCCUGGACGCGUACGACGUCCUGAUCCACCUCAACCCCAAGCAGGUGCCCCUGCUGUCCCAGGCAGUGGACCCGCCCCACGCCAGCUUUCACCGGGGCACCGCGCCCGGGGACGGCGCCAGCGGCGGGGGGGCCCUCCCCGUCGUCGACUACGACCCCGUCGGCCGCUACCUGGCCGAGCUCCGGGACUCUUUCGGGGAACUGGCAUUGUUUUUCUGCGAUCCGUACGGCGGGACGGUGAUUGCGGUCCUGUGGAAACCGCAGGCCUUCGCCCCGAUGCCGUUUAAGACCUCACAGAUGAGUGCCCGACGAGUGGAGGUGACUGGAGAGGAGGCGCGCACAGUCCCGAAUGUGGAGGCCAUCUUGGAGGACAUCCGCAUCUUGGGGGAGGGGCUUGUAAAAAAGGUGGAGCCGAGGACUGAGAGAUGGGUGGUGUGAGGAUGUAGCCCACUACCCACUGUCCCUCUGACCCAUGACCCCUCACCCCCUUACCGUGUUCCAGAAGAAACUACUCUCUUUGUGCUUUGAUUUACUUUUUAUUUCUUCUUCGGCAAGGAGUUUGUCUUUUCAUUUUUUGUCAUGAUUUGUGAUUUAUAAUUUAGAUUAAUGUGGAAGGAUCCAUUCUCCAACACAAUCCCAUACCGUGCGGUUGUGCAUCAGUGACGUUUGUAAAACAAAUAAAAUUACAAACCAUGGAAAAAAAACUUCCCAUUAGUGUGGAAUUAAAUAUUUAUCAGUCCAUGUCUCUAUCUUUAAUAUUUAAUUAGUCAAUAUAAAGAGUCUGAAUCUAGUUAAGAGGAGAUUUAGCUUUUUGGUGUCAACUUUUUACGCCUUUCACCUCUGCCGCUAUUGGUGAGGUCACUCUUUGCUGCUAUUGGUGAGAUCACUCUCCGCCACCAUUGGUGAGGUCACACGCUGCUAAACUGGACUUGCGGUAAGUUUAAGCACCUGCACACCAGUAAUUAAGGACUGGUGGUUAGAAAUAUUGGACAAAAUGUAGUUUUGUUUUGUAUUUGGUGAUUGUGUCGUCCAAGAGGUUUGCACGCAAUUCAGUCGCACUUGAUUUUGAUUUUGGCCUAAACAUUACUGCUAUGAAUGACCUGCAGAGAUGGAAUGCGAACAAAGAAGGUUUGGCUUUGUUUCGCCAUGUCUGUAGUCUGGAAUGUCUUGAUUGCCCACAGAUAUGGAGCACUUAAGACAACAUAAAAGUUUCAGCAUGCGAAUAUUCAGCUCAAAGCCAGUUUUGGAUGACAUGAAGCAACUUGUCCCAGGCAUUGUUUACGGAUGAUUGCUCCAUCGCAGUUUCUCUUUGCAAAUGAUUCUUAUGCCCCUGGGGAUUACUGUUGUUAUGGGUUCUUAUCGCUUUGCGAAAAUGACGUAUUUCCUCCUUGUUUGGCAAGUUCUGUGAUUUCCAUGAAUUACCCACAAUCCUUUGAGUGCGUCUUUGUAGCAUGCCCGCUUGUGCAAGGAGGUGCAACAGACCAUGAACUGGAAAACCCCGUACCCACCAGCCAGGAGAAUGCAGCAGUUUGGUCUGAGGAAAGCCCGCAUUUAUGCUUCUUCUGAACUGGGCUGCAUUGAAUUCGUUAUGAACUAAACUACCAUGUGAUUGUGGUUUUUUUUAUUUAAAAAAUCCUUGAUAUUCGCACCAGCUUGCAGUGUCCAACUGCCAUUACAUAAUAGCCCAGCAGAUGUCACUGUUCCAGUCUGUGAUGUUACGUUGUCUGUCUCUUGGUUUGUUUACAGCAAUGCAGAACAGUUUAAAUGUAAGUAACCUGUAAUGGCAAGUAUAGACACAGAUGGGACAUUUAAGUAUUAAUACCUGAGUAUGUGGGCGAAUCAUAAGUGGCAUUAGCAGAGUAGGGUGGAUCAGUCCCACCUGGCAGUUACUGCCCCUCCUAGGCCCAGAGUGAUGGCUGCAAAUGGAUGAAUCCUCGUAAUUAGGGGCGACAUAGCUCAGGAGGUAAGACCGAUUGUCUGGCAGUCGGAGGGUUGCCGGUUCAAACCCCGCCCUGGGCAUGUCGAAGUGUCCUUGAGCAAGGCACCUAACCCCUAACUGCUCUGGCGAAUGAGAGGCAUCAAUUGUAAAGUGCUUUGGAUAAAAGCGCUAUAUAAAUGCAGUCCAUUUACCAUUUACAAUUACAACAGUGAUUAAAAUGUUAAUGUUAGGGGAAGAUCCUUUAUGUUCUGCUCUGCUCUUCUAAAGGCAUUAAACAUGGAGGGCUUUGAGGGCGAUCAGUGGGCUGGCCAUCACAACACAACAAUGAGGCCUUGCAGAUUUUUGAAAGAAAAGCCUGAAAAUAUUUACAUUUCCUGACCUUCCUUCCAACCUAAAUUUUAUAGUUGUUUUUCAAAAAGGACAGGAAUUUUAAAAAUAAUCACUUAAAUUAUUGUUGCUCCGCCCUGUAUUAAAUUUAUGUUUUUUUGAAGUCAUGACUUUUUAAUAAAAGUGCUCAGAGAAA